AUGCCAAGUCAAUGGUAUUCCAAUCAAGGGCCUUCGGCCGCUCACGCUCACCCACAACAUCCCAUGAAUCCAUCACACUACGGAAGAAUGUAUUAUGGAGCUCCCGGAGCCCCAGGAGCGCCCGAGAAUGGACAACAGAAUCAACCGUAUCACAACCGAAGCUCACCUCCAAUCUUACACCCGGCUCCAUCAAACUCAUCUGCUCCAACGUCGGCUGCGCCCGGUCCUGUUUCUGGGAAUGCGGCUAAUAAUCAUGCUCCCAUCCAGAGCAUGUCAUCAUCAGGUGCUGGAAUGCCACAGCCGCAUUUCCAACACCACGGAGUGCACCCGAAUGGUCACUAUUCAUUACCAGGAAGCGCAGCUGCUCCAAAUGCUCACUUGAUCCGCCCAGUUCCCAGAGGUCCAGGACCAGUUAUGCAGCAUUCGUAUCAUAUGACCCACCACGAUGGUGCUGGACACCCACAGCGAGUCCCUGGACAUGGGGGACUCCCACACCAAAACAUGGCGAACUUUCCUCCCGUUCCUUCAAACUUUCAUUACGGGGCCAACCAUCACCACAUGGGACGAGUCCAGAAUCAUGUCCAUCACCUUGGACCUCACCAUGGAUAUGCUUCAAUGGGUAACGCAGGCUCAGCAGGUCCAUACUACCAAGGAGGACAUAUCCGAGACAACAGCAUGCAUCACAACAUGCCGCAUCAUCACCCAAUGCACGGGCAGCUUCACCACGCUGAUCAUCAAUUCCAACGGGUGGCAAGAAACUUUGAAUCACCAAUGAACACAUCUAUUGAUCACAGUGCCAUUCGUCAGAGUCCAUCACCACCUCCUGCUCCUCCAUCGACCUCUACUUCUGAUCCAAGCAACAACAAUUCCCCUGCGAUGGUGGAACGUGUCGUGUCUGUGGACUCUACCUCUCCAUCGGCCCCCGCCCCCAACACUGACGCUCUCAAGGAGCAAACGAAUCAGGCCGACAAGACGAAAGAGAGGACCUCGAAAGAAAAAGUAAAGCAGACUGAAGACUUUACAGCUGAUGCAGCUUCCAUUUUGCUCCAGCUCGGGGCAAUGGUGAAGAAACCAGAGAGUCCCAGAGGCAACAACAAGACUAUGGAAAAUGACUCAAACGACAGCCUCAACGACCCUAUUGCGACUGUCACACCGGUGAAUGAAGGACCGCUCACAAUCGAGCCAACAACCUCGUGCGAUGCCACAGCCGAAGAUUCCACUCCAGGCAUUACCAGCAAGCCCUCACACGAUAGUGUCGACAGCGCAGUCUCUACCGAAUCUGAUUUCCCAGCCCCAAUCCCAGAAAACUAUCCUCGCAGGCUGGCACUCCCCCAAGAUGAUUCCAAACUGAACUCUUUGCACUGUUUUCUGAGAUCCGAUCUCUUGGAUAUCUUUGUUGUACAAAAGUCUCAAAACAAGUCGCCUACGCAUUCUCCAGGUUCCUCUGUCGGGCGUGUUGGAUUGCGAUGUGUCCACUGUGCCAUGACAAGAAAGUCACGGGAUGAUCGUGAUGAAGCUCCAAUGGCAGUCUUCUACCCAAAGUCCAUUGCAGAAAUCUACAGACUUGUGACCUCCUGGCAACGUUGCCACCUUCGCAAGUGCCGUAACUUGCCACCUGGUUUGCGAUCACAGUGGCAAGCACUUCGAGAAAGUGACAAGUCUAGGGGAAAGACACACUAUUGGGUGACAUCUGCCAAGCAAAUUGGUCUCGUUGACUGUUAUUCGCGUGCAGGGGGGAUUCGAUUUGAUCCCGCCGUUGUGGAUGCAUUCAACAAGAAGCAAUGUCAGCCUGUGGCCCCUAAAGAUACAGCAGCAACACUAGCAGUAGCAGCGGUGGAAAAAUAG